AUGGGUGAAACGGACGAAACGCAAUUCGGGUUUUCAUGGUUCCGGCCGAAACGUCUCCAAUGGCUCUCCAACUUUGUCCCGUUCAUGAGUAUUCUCUCUACAAACGCACUUCUCCAAGGAGCCAUCGUCAAUGGAUUGGUGUCAGUGUCGAUCAGUUCUAUCGAGAAAAGGUUGAUAAACUAUUUCAUCAAUUUAUUGCACAGUUUAACUUGUUUUCAGAUUCAAACUGACUUCCACACAAAGUGGAAUCUUCGCUGCAACAUACGAUGUUUUCGUAACCAUAAUGCUCAUCCCACUCGCCCUUUACGCCACAAAAGGUUUUCUCACUCUUUUUCAGAAAGAAUCUGGAAAUUAUCUGUUUUCAGUAAAUAAAGUCAAGUGCAUUGGACUCGGCAUGAUGAUCGUCGGAGUCGGCAGUAUUCUGGUACUGAUUCCUGAGUUUACUGCGGGGCCAUACUCGGUCGGUGAAGCCAAGAAAGAUGUUUGUGUCUCGUCAGGACCGGAUGAAAUCUGUCCUGAACAGAGUUCUGACACUUUCCUUUUUCACAGGUUUGUUGGAAUUAUUCAAGGUUUUAUUUUCAAGUUUUUUGGUUUUUUUUAGAGAACUUUGGCUGCUGCUCUUGUCUCAAGCAUUCGUGGGAAUUGGAGCAAGUCCACUUUUCACGUACGGAAUUACUUGCCUCGAUGAAUUUGACUCUCACAAACGUACUGGAAGAAACCUAGGUUUGGAAGCACUCGAAUCUCAAAAUAAGUGUUUUUUGUCAGCGCUUUACAUGAUUGCAUCGACUGUAGGCCCGGCUCUGGCAUUUGUCGGUUGUGGUUUCAUGCUCCGUGUUUGGGGUGAUUGGAGAACGGUCCCACAAGAGUGAGAAAACAAACAAUUAAAGCAGUUCUAACCAAUCAGUUUUUCAGUUUGGGAAUCGAUAACAGCGCGGAUCCUCGAUUCAUCGGAAUGUGGUGGAUCGGCUUUGUCGUUUGUGGAUUCGUCGCUCUCUUCACAGCUCUGCCGCUCAUCAUGUUUCCGAAAAAGCUGAAAGGUGACUAUUUCCUCUUCCUUUUCUUGACUGACAUGAAAAUUGAAGACACUAACGUACGCAAAGCAAAUGACGUGCACAGAACGGAUGUGUCGCUGAAUAAAGACUUCUCCGACCACAAAUAUGAGUUCUUUAAAAUUAUUUUUGUAAGUCAAUUGCACUGUCCCCUAUUAUAACUUGUUUUAUCAUCAAGUUUUCUCACAGAUGCUUUUCAAAAACAAAACGUGUAUGUUUGUCAUUUUAAUGCAAACUAUUGAAGCGAUGCUUAUGAACGGUUACAUCACGUUUAUUCCGAAACUUUUGGAAACUCUUCUCGGAUUCUCAUCAGGAAACUCGAGUCUCAUCACAGGUUCCUCACGUCAGCUUGAGAACAUCAAAAACUAACAUAACUCUUUCAGGAGGUGUUGUCGUGCCAGUUGGAAUCACUGCAAGUUACAUUGGAGGGAAGAUCGCAAAGCGCUUCGAGAAUCGCUUCAAGCCUUCCAUGUACUUUGUGAUGGUGUUCGGUGUUCUUGCUGCUAUCUGCAGUAGUUGCCUUUUGAUCCGUUGCGAUUCACUGAAUGUGUUUAGAGUCAACGUUCCAUCUACCGAGUAUUUUGAAGAUUUUUCUUCUAAUUUCAUCAUUACCAUUUCAGUCUCCCAAAGUUCGGAGCAGUGUCUUCCUGUAGCGAAAACUGUCAUUGCGAUUCCUUUUUCAAUCCAGUCUGUUCCGAAGAGAGCAAGUUGACAUUCUUGUCCCCAUGUCACGCUGGAUGCGCGGACCUGCCGGUAAAUAUAUAAUCGCGUUUCCAUAUUGUUUGAUUUCUUGCAGGGCACCACGUUUGGAGCUCACAACUGGACAAGCUGUGGAUGUUCUAAGAAUGGAUUUGUCAAGAAAGGAUACUGUGAUGCCUCUUGUCAAAAGGAAACGUAUCAGUUUAUUGGAAUGUUCAUCGCAUUGUCCUUCUGCAUUUUUAUCACUGCGCCGGUGCUGCAAAGCUCAUCACUACGGUAAGAAUGAAAGGCGAUCAUAAUUGCAUUACUUCUCUGCAGAGUUGUCAACUACAAGCACCGUGAUCACUUCACUUGCUUUGGCUGGCUGUGGAUGCGUAUUCUUGGUAGUAUUCCGGGAGCCAUCGUUUUCGGAUACAUUAUCGAUGUGAACUGUAUGUACUGGCAGAAAGAUUGCUCAUCGCAAAAGUGUCAGUAUUACAAUGCCUCGAAUCUUGGCUGGGCGUUCUUCUGUUUCAGUAAGAACUGUUUGAUUUGUAAUGAUUUGUAAACGUCACAUUUUCAGCGGUUGUUGUCAAAUUGACAGGUGGAAUGCUUCUCUUUCUGGCCGCCUACUUCUACCAGGAACCUGAUCAUUCGACAGGCAAAGAGUCGAAUAGAACCCUAAAUACAGAUGCGUCUGAAUCUGUGAAAAUGUCGUACGAGAAGGUGCACUUGUAAAGAAGAACUCCAUCGACCGAUUAUAUUUGCAGAAUUUACCGUCCGGAAUGUCUCCGCAAACAUUAGUAUACUAG